AUGCGGAUCUUCGUGACGACGCUGGAGAGCAAAACCAUCACGUGGGACGCGGAGGCACGACCUGAAAUUGGACGCAGGCUUUUGCGUGGCAGUGGCAUCAUCUUUGGUUGGGAGCAGCGAGCACUCCCGGAGCUGUUCACAUGGUCAUAUGCCUCGACCGACCGACCGACCAUCACGUGGGACGUGGAGGCCAGCCACACCAACGACAACAUGAAAACCGAGAUCCAGGACAUGGAGACGACGCCAGACGGCGGGAUCAUCACCUGGGGCGUGGACGCCAGCGGUUCUCUCAGCAACAUGAACACCACGUUCCAGGACAAGGAGAGCACCCCUCUGGACCAGCAGCGCCUGAUCGUCGACCGGAAGCCACUGGAGGCACGGGGGCCUCCGUGGGACAGGGAGGCCAGCGACACCAUCGACAACAACAUGAUCGCCACGAUCUUGGAGAAGGAGGACACCCUUCCAGACUUGCAGAUACUAAUUACCAGCACCUGGAAGAAGUCGGUACUGCACCUAGUGAUGUGCCUGCCCGGAGGCGUGCAGAUUUUCGAGGCGACGCUGGAGGGCGAGAUCAUCACGAGGGACAGGGAGGCCCGCGACACCUUCGACAACCUGAAAGCCACGCUCCGGGACAAGGAGGGCGGCCCUCCGAACUAG